CAGGUGUUGGAAGUGGAAGUCUAGGGUGUCCAGGAAGAAAAUACGAAGUGCCCGAUCGUCUGAGCAACAAAUUUUGAAGAUGCUCGACUUUUUUCUGCUAAAUAAAGGCCUUGCAGAGGGGAAAUUUUCCAUUCUUAACGGCAAAAAUGAAGCACAAAAGAAGUGGACAGAAUUAACCAAAGAAUUAAAUUUAAUAAAAGGUGCCGCUAAAACCUCUGAACAGUGGCAAGUGGUAUGGAGAGAUUUGAAGAGCCGAACAUCGACGAAAAUCAGAGAUCUUCGAAAACGUAAGGCAGCAACAGGAAAUAAGGCGUUGGAUCUCCCACCCUUGACAGUGAUCGAAGAACGAAUCGUUGGAAUUGUUGGCACGAGUUACAUAGAAGGAAAUAGGGACUGCGCUGACAGUAUUCCUGAAGAGGAGGAUUUACAAGAGGCGCUGGCUGAGGGAAAUACGUCAGUCUUAUCACUCCAUCCUACGGUUUCCAGCAUUUAUAUUAAUAGCGAGAUUCCUCUUCAAGAAGAAUCAGCAAAUGUUAGCAGUGAAGCCCCAAAUGUUUCUCCUAUACCACCGACAAACGUAUCAACAUCAUAUCUUCGGGGUGAGAAGUGCAAAGUUCGAGCCUGUACUUCACGGACCACCAGAACAACUAACUCACAAACGUCUGAGGCUCUCCGAUACUUAAGCUCAGCUAGGGAAGAGUUUCAAAUGAUUUUGAAGGAGCAAACUAAAGCUAUGAAUAUGCUUGCCGAAACUGCCAAAAUACAAGCUGAUGCAGCUAUGCUAAAUGCCACUGCCAUGCAGGACUUAGCAAAAGCAUCAAUUCAACUGGCAGAAGCUGCUUCCGUGCAAACUGCAAAUGAGGAAAAGCGAAUUCCAAUCAUGGCCAAGUUGAUAGAUGUAUUGUCCAAUUUGUUGCCAAAUUAUUUGGAUGAAAAUAUAUAAGUUUAAUAGAUUGUUAUGCCGUCGAGUUCUGUAGGAUCACAAAUAAAUUGCACCGAUUUGGAAUUAUAUAGAGAACUAUUAUAGUUUAUUGAAGUUGGUUUAAUGUAAAUACUAAGGUAACACAAGAUUUAAUAGGAGUAGGUACAAUGAUACUAAUUAUUCACAACUAUGAAUUGCGCUCCAGGACUUCACUCUUAGCUAGGAACUUUGCGAGUGACCGCUGUGGCUCACAAGGUGUCUCUCGUCGCUUUUAUCUUAACGCCUUAUGCAUAGGGUCAGCAAUCUUCUAAUGCUGACUCUGCGUCUGGAGAUUAACUAUAGGACGAAUCCUAUCGUGGGACAUAACAAGAUAUAAAAUUAUGACGCGAUUUUCGGUUUAAGGAAGUUAUAAGCUCAAGUAUAAACAAAAGUUUUUCAUAGAAACAUAGCUUCCUUUAUGAGGAAGCAUAAACAUUCUAAGUACAUGUUAGAAUGUUAACAUAUAUGCAGCAAAACGAAAAUGCAAAAAUCCUAUGAAAAUGUGUAACUCCACACAGAAUGAACAAUAAUCCGAUAUAAUUAAGCUAUUCGCCAAAUCUUUGCCUAAUCAGGAGAUCUUGGAAGCG